UUCUCAAACACAUCUCAUAUACUAAACCAGAAAAAAGAUUUAUCAAAAACGUCGUUACUUCUGCUUUGUCUCUGAUACUUCAAACACAAGAAACAGACAAAAAAGAUAAACAUGAGAGAGCUUGUUUUAUCUAUGUUUCUUAUCUUCUUUGUUUUUCAAUGUGUCAGUUCUGUUCCUACAAAAGAACAGUUCGAAAGCUGCUUGGCGACAAAUUCAAUCUUCAAAAGCCCUUUCAAUCACACACAAGAUUCCCAAAUAUUCACCGACUUUUCAGAACCUUCAUCAUCUCCAAGUUCAAGUUUCCUCAACUUGAACUUCACCAGCCUGAAGCCAAUUCUGACCUUGAAACCGAGAUCUGAAACCGAAAUAAAAAAAUCGAUUCUGUGCAGUAAGAAACUUGGGGUACAAGUAAGAACCAUGAGUGGUGGUCAUGACUACGAAGGUCUGUCUUACCUCUCACUGUCACCUUUCAUAAUAGUCGACCUCGUUAACCUCAGAUCGAUCACAAUCAACCUCACAGCCGAAACCGCUUGGGUCCAGUCCGGUGCAACACUCGGAGAACUCUAUUACAAGAUCGCAAAAACCAGCAAGGUCCAUGCCUUUUCUGCAGGGAUAUGUCCGAGCGUUGGAGUUGGUGGGCAUAUUAGCGGCGGAGGAUUCGGUACAAUCAUGAGAAAACACGGUUUAGCGUCUGACAACGUUGUAGACGCGCGUUUGAUGGAUGUAAACGGGAGAAUCCUUGACCGGAAGACAAUGGGAGAGGAUUUGUUUUGGGCGCUUAGAGGAGGUGGAGCCGCGAGUUUCGGCGUUGUCUUGUCAUGGAAGGUUAAGCUUGCUAGGGUUCCUGAAAAGGUAACUUGUUUCAUAAGUCAGCAUCCAAUGGGACCUAGCAUGAACAAGCUUGUUCAUAGAUGGCAAUCCAUAGGAUCAGAAGUAGAUGAAGAUCUAUUUAUGAGAGUUAUUAUUGACAACGGUCAAGAAGGGAACCAAAGGACAGUGAAAUCUACAUUUCAAACUCUGUUUCUUGGUGGAAUCGAUAGAUUGAUUCCUCUGAUGAACCAAAAGUUUCCGGAACUCGGUUUACGAUCUCAAGACUGCAAGGAAAUGAGUUGGAUCGAAUCGAUAAUGUUCUUCAACUGGAGAUCAGGACAGCCAUUAGAGAUCUUGCUCAACAGGGACCUACGAUUCGAAGAUACGUAUUUCAAAGCAAAAUCAGAUUUUGUUCAAACCCCUGUUCCUGAAAACGUUUUCGGAGAAGUAACCAAGAGGUUUCUCGAGAAAGAAACUCCAUUGAUGAUCUUAGAGCCAUUGGGUGGGAAGAUCAACCAGGUUUCAGAAACAGCGUCUCCAUAUCCACACAGGAGAGGGAAUCUGUAUAAUAUUCAGUACAUGGUGAAAUGGAAAGUGAAUACAGUGGAGGAGAUGAACAAACAUGUUAGGUGGAUGAGGUCGCUACACGAUUACAUGACUCCUUACGUUUCAAAAUCACCGAGAGGAGCUUACUUGAAUUACAGAGAUCUUGAUUUAGGCGCGACCAAAGGGACCAACACGAGUUUUGAAGAUGCGAGGAAAUGGGGAGAGACGUACUUCAAAGGUAAUUUCAAAAGAUUAGGGUUGGUUAAAGGGAAGAUUGAUCCAACAAAUUUCUUCAGGAACGAACAGAGUAUUCCUCCUCUGUUUUGAUCUCACUAAACACAAAACCAUAUUUCAAAUAUUUCAUAUUCAUGUUUUAUUUCUUUUAUUAUAGACAGUGUAAGUAAGUUUCUGCUACAAGUGUAAAAGUAGUGAAUGUCUUUUAUUCAAGUAGAUACCUAUGUACACAAAACGAUUUCAAACAAACCAACAAUGGUUGCACCAAAGACCGCACUGAAUAAAACAAACCCAUUUGAUUUCAUU